AUGACGGAGAUCAAUCCGGACCAGUAUGUUUGCGACUGCCUAAAGACGUAUGAGCGGCGCGACUUGUUUCUGCGUCAUCGCCGGCGGUGCCAGCGGCCAAAGAAGUCAACCACGCGUCGAAAGGCCUGCGACGCAUGCGUCCAGUCCAAAGCAAGAUGCAGCUACACGCACCCAACAUGUUCCCGAUGUGCCACGAGAGCCAUUCCUUGCGUCUACGCCCCCCAGCCCUCGGGUGUGAUUGGCACAGGCAGCGCACAGCAGACGCCUGUCGAUAGAGCUUCAGAUUUUAUUUCACCUGGAGGCAAUCUAAACUGGGACCUACAAGGGAUCGGCUGGCACAACAAUAGUCUCGACUUGCCCGUGGAUCUGCCUACGCCCUCGGCUCUCUUAGCUGCGGCUCAGCCGUCAGAGGCUGGCCAAGCCGAGCAGGACUCGGUGUACGAUUUCAUGCAUGGAGAAAACCUAGUUUCUCCACCAGACCUCUUUAGCCGACCCUUGUCUAGUUCAAAAGCCUUGGACGCGGAUCUCACUCCACCCGCAGAGUCAACCCUUCGUGGCUUGGUGCAUCUGGUGUGCCAAUACCCCCAAUCGCUUCUUCGCGAUGAAUAUUGUACUCCCUUCCUCCAUCAGGGAAUGUAUGAUGAAAACACCCCCGAUAUAACAACGCUAGAAAAAACCUCCAUGGCCAUUUGCUGCGGAGCUGCUAUGGAGACGCAGGACGGAGCGCGCUUUACCAGACGCACAAUGGAGGUGGAGCGACGUAGGUUGAUUGAUUCCUAUCCAACCUACCGAUGCAUGCGGCAAUGGGAUGCUCUGCACGCCAUGCUGGUAUAUGAAAUUUUGGAACUGAAUGCAUCGUUACAACAAGAAACUGAAAGCUGGAAGCAGAAGCCGAACGCGAAAGGUCUUAAAUCCCCCUUCCUUGCUAAAAUGACGAAAUAUUAUACCCGAUGCCACCUCGAGGACCCCAGCGAAGAUCUUUUAGCACCUUUAGGCGUGUCACCAAUGCAGACUUUUGAGCAGUGGCGGGUUGCAGAAACAUCCCGACGGACUAUAUUCUUGGCCCAUAUUGUACAUUUCCUGAGCAAUUAUGAUUUUAAGAGCGGGAAACAGUCCAUAUAUUAUGAGCCACUCGACGACAAUAUGCUCCGGAAUUUGCCUUUGCCGUCUAGUCAUACUCUUUGGACUGCGCGGAACGAGCAAGAGUGGAGUUAUACCAUGGAGUUCCAGCAAAACAAUAUCCCCCCGAUGACCACUGACCCAUCCGCCUCACACUCUGUGGGCGUAGCGGGCAUGACCCUUCAGCAUCUACUGUCAAAGUUCAAUAAAGAAUUUCUGCGGACGAGUUUUACUCGCAGUCCGGGUCUUGGAGGGUCUGAUGAGCUACGAGAUCUGAUUGUCCUUUGCGCUCUGGAACAACUCACUUGA